AUGACGGACAAGAUCGACUCGACUAUGUCGACCAUACAACCGUCCGAUACUGUGGAUAGCAACAAGGUGGGCGAGGUUUACAACGUCCAAGACAAACACAUUCAUCACGAUUUGGCCAAAGAAGACGUCGGUGCCGAGUUUGCCGACAUCUUCCAAGGAGGAGAUGGCUACACGGAAAGGGAAGCUCGCCGCUUACGAUGGAAGCUCGAUUUGCGCCUCAUUCCAAUAUUGUGGUUCAACGUUGUCCUGCCUGCCAUGGACAAAGUCAGCCAUGGUACAGCUGCGCUUUAUGGCCUGCAAAAAGACUUGGACCUUCAUGGGGAUCAAUACUCAUGGAUCGGUUCGAUAUUUUAUUUCGGUUAUCUUGUCUGGUGCUUUCCCUCAGCAUCCAUCCUGCAGAAGCUUCCCAUCGCGAAGACGGUUUCUAUUGCCAUGAUGCUCUGGGGGGUGCUGUUGAUAGGGUCUGGCUUCGUCAACAGUUUCUCCCAGUUGAUGGCAUGUCGCUUCCUACUCGGCUUGCUGGAGGCGCCAAUCGUCCCUUCGAAUAUGUUGAUACUUUCAAUGUGGUAUACCCGACCGGAACAAGCACUUCGUUACGGCUUGAUGUACACUGGUUUCUCGACGUGUUUGACAGGACCGAUCGGCUAUGCUAUCGGUUUCAUCAAGACCACUCAUUUCCAUAUUUGGCAGAGUUUCUUCUGGAUAUGCGGUUCCAUGACGUUUGCAUACGGCCUUGUUGUUGGUAUAUUCCUCCCGGACAACCCUGUCAAGGCAAAGUUCUUGAAUGAGAGGGAAAAGGCAAUUGCCAUUGAUCGCGUUCGAGUGAAUCAGACGGGCAUUGAGAACAAAACAUUCAAGAAGGAACAAUUCUUUGAAGCAUUCCUCGACAUCCGAGUCUGGCUCAUGUUCUUGUUCAACAUCUGGAUCAGUGUUCCGAAUGGAGGUCUCACGAAUUUUUCACCUCUAAUCGUGAAGGGCCUCGGAUACAGCUCACAGCGUUCUGCCCUCCUGACCAUUCCAAAUGGCGUUGUCCAGACCGCCUCCAGCUACAUUUGUAACGGAGCCGUGUUCCUUGCCGCCAAGUACCUACCGAAAUACCAUGUCCGAGGCGUCAUCAUGAUGUUCGGCAUCAUCGUCGGCCUGAUCUCCGCCACGUUCCUGUACACACUCCCCUUGACGGCCUAUCACUCAAGAUUGGCGGCUUUGUUCAUGUCCUUUUUCUACCUGGGCCCCUACAUCGUGGGCCUGAGUCUUGUCGGAGCAAACACUGCUGGUCAUUCCAAGAAGGUGGUGGUGAAUGCAAUGAUGUUUGUGUCCUACUCGGUCUCGAACAUCAUCGGCCCUCAAUUCUUCAAGCCUAACCAGGCACCUUUGUACCCACUGGGCUUCGGUGCCAUCCUGGGCUCGUACAUCCUUUCUCUUAUCACCAUCGCUCUCUACAUGGUAUCGUGUUUCUACGAGAACAAACGUCGUGAUGCUCGCGAUGCUGCUGCCGGCGAAAGGGUACAUGCCGAUACGGAUUUCAAGGACUUGACGGACAAGCAGAACCUGCACUUUCGUUACGUUUGGUGA